GACGAUUACUUAUAUCGGGAGGACUUUAUAAAGACCAGAUUUGAGAACCUUCUGUAAAUACAUCUGAUCCACCCUAUCAAAUGCCUCUUCAGUACUAGUGUUAAGAACAACGAAGAGUACCUUGUACCGCCUGGCAUCACAUAUGGCGUGGACGACCCGAACUGUAUUCAAAAAUCCCAGUAGGAUCUCUGAGGGAAACGUCAGAUCACAGAAUUAUAAAGAUGUCAUGCACCGCUCUUCAGGAGAAACCCCUAUUAACUUGAAUGUACAUCCAGGACUUCACUCUACAUAUCUUUCAUGUAAUCCUCCUAAUCAUGAGGAAUCUUCUAACCUACCACAGAUUGUUACACAUCCAGAUCUGUCAGGGAAUCCUCCUAAUCAGGAGGAACCUUCUCCUGGCCAAUCACAGAUCGUUACCACAAAUACAAGAAAGAAAGGAGGUAACGAGCUUUAUUGUGGAGAAUGUAGAAAGGAGUUUACAAGCUAUGCUAGUUUUUCUGUACAUAAAAAAAAGCACACAGGAGAGAAGCCACAUUCAUGUUCAGAAUGCGGGAAAUGCUUUAUGAUGAAAUCAACUCUUGUAAGACAUUUGAGAGUUCACACAGGGGAGAAACCGUAUUCAUGUUCAGAGUGUGGAAAAUGUUUUGCAGAUAGAUCUGCUCUCUUUGUACAUCAGAGAAGUCACACGGGAGAGAAGCCAUAUUCAUGUCCAGAAUGUGGGAAAUUCUAUGUAGAUAAAUCAUAUAUUAUUAAACAUCAGAAAAUUCACACAGGGGAGAAACCAUAUUCAUGUUCUGAAUGUGGGAGACAUUUCUCAGAAAAAUCAAGUCUUGUCAUGCAUCAGAAAAUUCACACAGGAGAGAAGCCGUAUUCCUGUUCAGAGUGUGGGAAAUGUUUUAGAAAUAUCUCAGCUCUUGGGAAACAUGAGAAAGUUCACACAGGAGAGAAGCCAUUUUCAUGUUCAGUAUGUGGAAAAUGUUUCACGGAAAAAUCAAGUCUCGUUAUACAUGAAAGAGUUCACACAGGAGAAAAGCCUUUCUCAUGUGUAGAAUGUGGAAAAUGUUUUGCAAGUAGUUCACAUUAUUCAACACAUAAGAGAUAUCACACAGGAGAGAAGCCAUAUUCAUGUGCAGAAUGUGGGAAAUGCUUUACAGAAAAAGCCCAACUCCGUGUACAUCUGAGCACUCACUCAGGCGACAGGCCGCAUCAGUGUGCCGUAUGUAAAAAAGGCUUUGCAACUAAAUCAAUACUUAGUAGACAUGAGAAAAUUCACACAAAGACGUCCGUUUGAGGAUUUUUUUUUUAAUAAGAACUAUCAAUAAAGCCCAUUGUGUGAAAGAAUACCAUGGGCUGUAAAAGACUCUGCUUCGUAAUAUGUCGUCUCUCUACUAUCUGGAUGCCACCACUCCCCCCAUGCUUCACCACUCUGCCCCUUUAUUGAUUGAUACCUUUUAAUGGCUAACUGAAAAACAUUACAAAAUUGCAAGUUUUUGGGACUACUCUGAUCUCUUCAGAUACUGUGUCCUAACGUGUCUGAUGAAGUCACAUACUUAUACACAAAAUACAUAAAAAUAGCGGGGUUGGUGAGACAAGGUAUGUAGAGCAGAUGGCUAGAAGUGGACCAGUUGUAGCAAUGAAUUGGGUUGCAAAAUCUAUGUGACAAUAAUUCCUGAUGUUUUGCUACAGGGGGGAGACCUUUCCUUUUUUCUUUUGCGUUGCGAUGAACUCUUUAUUCUUCUUCUAAGCCUCUGAAGACUAUAUGGCGUUUGGCUCUAGUGGAGGACACAAUAAUGCUCACCAAGACUGGCGUUGACUUGGCUUGGUGAUCGCACAUAUCCACAGAAGACCAGCAACGCAACUGGAAGUAUAAUGAUGCCACGAUAUGCAAAUACAUUACACUGGCGAUAUCAUAAUCAUUCCGACUGGAUCUAAACAACAACUAACAACGUUCCAGGAAAGCUCAUCAUUUUUAUCCCACCAUCAAUUUCCCUGGUGCCUGACAAAUUGUAAGACCAUACAUAAUGACCACUGAUGGUACAGAUACCCAAUACAUAUCAGGAUUAUGAGAUCCCAGGUACCUUCACCUCUGCCAUGCCAUAUGUGGUCUACUUCAUGAAAAUGACUAGAGAUGAGCGAAGCGACUUCGGAUGUUACAUCCGAAGUCACUUUGCUAAACAAUUCGUUAUAAUACUGUACGGAGAUCCUUCUAAGUACAGUAUUGGAAUGUACUGCCUCCGAUGAGGUGAAAGCUGUUAUUCCCGAAGUGUCGGGUGACUUUGUUGAAUAAUGUUGGUAAUUGAUUAUUACAGCAAAAAACCUUGGAACCAAAUU